UUCUUCUUCUUCUUCUUCUUGUUUUUCUCUUGGACAUACGAAAACGGCAUUUUACGUCAUCGGUGCCCGAGGCCUGUCACCACCCCCUUCAGCCUAUAUCGUCUAUCUUGUAUCCUUCUGCGAUGUCACCCUAUCUUUAAUAUACAUACAUACAUACGGAUGAAUGCGCAUCGCUACAGUAGGCAAUAUCCACUCUCUGCCGGGCUUUAAGUUGUCUCGACGGUCUGCUAUUCGGUAACAACACCAUCACGACCCACAGCUCAAUAUCUGUUUGCUUUGGGGAUAUUGAGAUGGCGUCGCCAAUGCCGUUACAUCCGUUUGUGACCACCUUCCUCGUGGCCAAUAUACAUUGUCCGACCUGUGUAUCCAGUAUUAAAGAUGCGUUGCAAGACUUGGACGGCGUUAGGUGGGUGUCGCCCAACAUCAUCACCUCUUGCGUUGCUGUCGACCACGAUCCCCGAAUCCCCAUCAUGCAGCUCGUCUCCAAGCUGGAAGCCGCCGGGUUCGAGGUAUCUAGUCUGUCUUCGGACAAUGGCGUCGGUUGUCCGGAAAACCCCUUCCUUGAGAAUGCCGAGUCACUUAGCAGCAGGUUUAGCGCUGCCGAAAACUACCUUACUAGGUUAAAGAAGCGCUCACAAUCACACACGCAAGGGGGUCAAGCGAAAGAGGAGAGAACUAGGGCACAUCUCAACAGCUGUGAACAGUGCCGAGUAGAUACGGCGAAAGGGACUCCGGUCAUACUAGGUGCCACGUCUGACAUGAAUCAAGAACGGCCGAGCCCUGGCACAAGCAAACAGAGCUCGGCGCGUUCUGCUAUCACGCCUACACAUACAUCCUCACUGGCUGGAGAUGCUAUCAACACCACCAAAACGUGGAGGGCUUCAUUGGCUAUCAGUGGGAUGACUUGUGCUUCCUGCGUCAACGCAAUCAAAAGCGAACUGGAUAAGAAGGAUUGGGUUACUCAGGCCACCAUCAACUUAGUAUCCAAUAGUGCGGUCGUGGAGUUCAUUGGCACCAAGGAAGACGCUGCCCAUGUGGUUGAGAGUAUUGAGGAUCUGGGAUAUGAUGCCCAUCUCGACCAGAUCAGCGCCGUGGAUGACGAGAGGGAGAAGGAGGCAUUACAUCAGCGCACAGUACAAAUACGUAUUGACGGGUUCUAUUGUCCGCAUUGCGGCGACCAUGUAGCAGCCAGUGUCGCCAGCUUCCAGCAAAGCAUACGGAUCGAUAGCCGUCCUACGUGGCAGUGCCCUAUUCUGGAAAUCACUUACGUUCCUCAGACGCCAACAUUUACAGUUCGUCAUAUCCUAGCGGCGAUAGAGGCAAGUGACCCGGCCUUCAAGGCAUCCAUCUACCACCCACCCACUCUUGAAGAACGUGCGAAGAAGAUACAGGCUCGGCACCAGAGGCAGAUUCUUCUUCGUACAGCCAUCACUCUUGUUAUCGCAGUUCCUACUUUUGUAAUUGGCAUUGUUUACAUGAGCCUGCUUCCAGAAAGUAAUCCAGGCAAGCAGUUUCUGAUGCACCCCUGGGUGUCGGGCAUCAAUCGUGCUCAGAUCGCUCUGUUCAUAUUAGCAACACCUGUAUACUUCUUUACCGCAGAUAUAUUUCACCGACGCACCAUCAAAGAGAUAUGGUCCUUAUGGCGGCCAGGGAGCCAAGCCCCAAUAUUACGACGUCUGUAUCGAUUCGGUAGCAUGAACAUGUUGAUAUCACUCGGUACUACUAUUGCAUACGUCUCAUCGGUUGCGCAAAUGAUAGCCGCGGGUGUUAAGAAUCUCCACAUGAUCGACGACAGCGAUUUCUAUUUCGACUCUGUCGUAUUUCUCACCUUGUUCCUUCUCGCGGGGCGCUUUCUCGAGGCGUACAGCAAGUCAAAGACGGGGAAUGCCGUUGAGGCACUUGGCAAACUUCGUCCCACGAUGGCAAUCCUCGUUGAGAAGAAUAAAUCCCAAGACACAACCGAUCGAAUCGUAGAUACGGAUAUGUUGGAGUUCGGGGAUAUUGUCCGUGUCCCUCAUGGCGCCUCUCCCCCGUGCGAUGGAGAAAUACUUCAGGGAAGCACGCUUUUCGAUGAGGCGAGCUUGACUGGCGAGUCUCGCCCCAUAAAAAAGAACGUCGGCGAUCAAGUCUUUUCAGGGACGGUCAAUCAAGGUGCGCCGAUCCUCAUCCGUAUAACCGGUACAGCGGGACAGUCGAUGCUCGAUAAGAUCGUUAAAGUCGUUCGCGAAGGACAGACGAGGCGAGCACCGAUGGAGAAGGUCGCUGAUGCUCUCGUUGCAUACUUCGUGCCUGUCAUCACUCUGAUCGCAAUCCUCACGUGGGUCGUCUGGCUAGUUAUUGGUCUGACCGAGAAUAAUCUGGGAAUUCGAGAUCCUGUACCCUUCUCCUUGCAGUUCGCCAUAGCGGUGUUUGUUGUCGCCUGUCCCUGUGGCUUAGCCCUUGCCGCACCGACCGCCAUCUUCGUCGGCGGUGGUCUUGCAGCGAAAUAUGGCAUACUUGUUAAAGGGGGUGGCGAAGCCUUCGAGAUUGCAAGUCGCAUUGACUGCGUCGUUUUCGACAAAACAGGUACAUUAACUGUAGGGGGUGAGCCGAGUGUGACGGACGCCAAGACCUAUCUCCAUGAGGAUGCUGGGGGGAAAGCGCAUGCUCGUCUACUCGCCGCAAUCCGAACUGUCGAGGAGAAUAGCAGCCAUCCUAUCGCGAAGGCUAUCGUAACAUACUGCAAGGCGGAGACAUCCGAAUCUGUCUCAGUACUCGAUGUCGAAGAGAUCCCUGGGAAGGGGCUCAAAGCGAUGUGUAGUGGCGACACAACGGACGAAACAUUUCACAUAGUAAUUGGAAAUGAAGCAUUAAUGCAGGACUUCUCAGUCAACAUACCACCAGCUGCUAGCGCAUCGCUUCAAACAUGGAAAACCGAAGCGAAAUCCGUCGCGCUGGUCGCCACCAAGCCGACAUCAUCAAGCGAAGCCAACGUGAAGUACACGCUCUCAGCGGCCCUGUCAAUAUCCGAUUCGAUCCGCCCCGAAACGCCCGCAGUAAUACAGUCUAUACGGCAAAGAGGCUGCGACGUAUGGAUGCUCUCAGGCGACAACGCGGUGACAGCGCGCGCCGUCGCCCUGCGCGUCGGGAUCCCCGUCGACAACGUCAUCGCCGAGGUCCUGCCCACGCAGAAAUCCGAAAAGAUCAAGUACCUACAGACCAUCCUGAAAGCACGGCGCAGCCGGGGCAAGGAAGAAGACACGACGCGCCGCGCCACGGUGGCCAUGGUAGGCGACGGCAUCAACGACGCGCCGGCGCUCAGCACGGCGGACGUGGGCAUCGCCAUCGGCUCGGGCAGCGACGUGGCUAUUUCCAGCGCCGACUUCGUCCUCGUCAACUCCCACCUCGGCGCCGUGGUCACGCUCCUCUCGCUCUCGCGCACCGUGUUCCGACGCAUCAAGUUCAACUUCGCCUGGGCGCUGGUGUACAACCUCGUCGCGAUACCCAUUGCCGCGGGAUGCUUGUACGCCGUCACCGUCGGCGGACAGCACGUCACGCUCGACCCGGUCUGGGCGAGCCUCGCCAUGGCGCUGAGCAGCUUCAGCGUCGUCAUGAGCAGUCUGGCGCUCAAGACGAGGGUGCCUUGGAUGGGGUUCAGGGCGCCGGAUGUCGGUGCUUGAAAUGGGGUGACGGUGUGCUUCAGGGGUUGGUGAUGGCGUUGCGGGAGUUGGGAGGCGUGAUUAUUUACGCAUGACUGGUUGGUUGUUCGUUUGGAAGGAGUUGUAUUAUAUUAUUCCAUUCAUUCAAACCAUGUUCGCAGGAACUUGUGCUCAUAGGCAGACGGUAGACAACGCUGUACAUAGAAAAUGUAACGAGACUCUUCGACCCAGUGCUCUCGUGAUAUCCGUCGAUGCAGUUA